GAAACAGAGCGACGGUGGCAGAUGGAUGGUACCCAGCCACGACGAAAGCGCCGCGGUGAAGGAGGAAGAAACGGAUUUUCCAAGUUUUAGAGGCUUAGGAUGAGGAGAUAGUAUAGCCGCGGCGGCCGCCGGCAAUCGCGGUGAACAGCAAAUCGGCUUUCCCGCUUAACUGGUAUUGGACCGACCAAGCUUCAUAAUUCAACAGUUGGGUCAUUCAUGCUUAAACCGGACCGCCCCAUGGAACGACGACGUACUGUGUUAACAACCAAAUCUACCGUUCUACUCUCAUCUGUUUCUACUCUUGGUUUGAAGAAAACACUAAGAACUCUGCCCAAGAUCAGAUCUUUGUCACUCCACCACUCACCUCCGUCUACUAUUUAAUAGUUCAUCGUUCCUCUGAUAAAUAAGCAGACCUGUUAUUUUGAGACACUAAUUCAUGGAUAAUGAUUCCCAGCGGUCCGUUUCUUUGCGGGCUGCCCGAAGAACUCACAACCAACAUACAAAAGAUACAGAAGGAGGCAUUUCAUAUAGUGGGAAAUUAUCGCAGGAGUACACGAUGAAGAUUAUUUGGAAAAAGGGUUUUGUUCGGUUAAUUCUUAUGGCGGGAAUUAUUUGGAUGCUACUAAUUCUCGCCGUUUUGUUGUUUCAUAUUUGGACUUGCCAAUCUUCUGUUGCGUCUUUUGCAGCCCUCUGUAACAAAGAUAGCAAGGUAUUUGGCAUGUUAAACAAUAUGGGACUUGUGACACCACCACAUCGGUGUCCCAUCCCUGUUGCUGAUGACCCUGAGAAAAUAACUAUUCCUGAGGAAAGAACACCUGAAAACGUAGUCAGGAGACUGUCCUACAUUGUGGAAGGCAACAUCUCGACCAAUGGAUCUGAAUCUUCUCCUCUCUUUGGUGGGCAUCAGAACUGGCAGCAAAGAGAGGAAAGCUUCAAAAUCAAACCAACCAUGAAGGUGCAUUGUGGUUUUAUGCAAGGUGGUGGUGACGAGAUGGACCCAAAAGAUGUUGAAUAUGUAAAAAGAUGUAGAUUUGUUGUUGCAACUGGCAUAUUUGACGCUUAUGAUUUGCCUCACCAGCCAUCCAAUAUUAGCAAGCGUUCAAAAAGUCUAUUUUGUUUUCUAAUGGUGGUUGAUGAAGUGUCUCUUCACUUCAUCAAAACUAAUGUUACAGUGAGAGAGGAUAAUGAUGGAGGGCAAUGGGUUGGUAUCUGGCGUCUGAUUUUGCUUAAGCAUCAGCCAUAUGAUGAACCUCGAAGAAAUGGGAAGGUCCCCAAAAUAUUAACCCAUAGGCUAUUUCCUCAAGCCCAGUACAGCAUCUGGAUUGAUGGCAAAAUGGAGCUUAUAGUUGAUCCAUUACUUCUACUCGAGAGAUAUUUAUGGCGUGGGAAGAAUACGUUUGCUAUUGCUCAGCAUAAACACCAUCGAAAUAUAUAUGAAGAGGCUGAUGCAAACAAAAGGAGGAAGCGAUAUGCUCGACCUCUAAUUGAUAUGCACAUGAAAAUAUAUCGUUAUGAGGGACUGGAGCCUUGGAGUCGCCACAAAAGCACCUUAAGUGAUGUACCUGAAGGAGCCAUCAUAAUACGUGAACAUACUGCGCUCAGUAAUCUGUUUAGCUGCUUAUGGUUCAAUGAAGUUAACCUAUUUACCCCAAGAGAUCAGUUAAGCUUCGGAUAUGUUGUCCAUAGGUUAGGAAGUAGGUUCAAGUUUUUCAUGUUUCCCAAUUGUGAGUACAACUCAAUCUUUAUACUGCACCCGCACACUCGCGAACAUUCAUCUAAAGUAGAAUGGGCAAAAACAAUGGAAGAGUUCAAGAAACACCCUGAGUUGAGAGAGAGUAGAGGAGGGUUGGGGCUGUGGACUCCUUAUCCUGGAAACCUUGAUUUGGUUGUAUUACCACCGGUAGCCAGAACUUCGAAAGCGGGCUGAAAAAAUAGAAUAACUUAUGUAUGUUUUAACAAUCCCCACAUUGUUCCCCUUUAUCUCAUGCUCUUAUGGAUUAACCCAGAUCAUCUCAGUAAGUUGAAAUCCUAUGAGCUGCUAAAUUUAAGUUACUA